AAGUUUCUCUAGGUGGAGCCAUUUGUGCGCUUCCUGGAGAUAGCGCGCCCCCCGGCGUAUCUGGGGACCCUUACUCUUCCUACUUGAUGCCUCCCCCUUGCUCUCCAUUCUAACUGCCCGAAAGCGGACAGCGUGUGUAUGUGGAACGCCUCCCACAGGCCCGGCCCCGCCCCAGCCCCGCCUCCAGCCCUGAGCCCGCUGGGCCAGGAAGCGCCGAAGGAAACGCCCGGGGACAUGGACGGGGCUGUGAAGGAAGGGCCGCUCUUUUUGCAGAGUCAGCGCUUCGGGACUAAGAAAUGGAGGAAGACAUGGGCUGUGCUCUACCCGGCCAGUCCCCACGGCGUAGCGCGGCUGGAGUUUUUUGAUCACAAGGGGUCGAGCUCUGGAGGGGGUCGAGGGAGCUCGCGCCGCCUGGACUGUAAGGUGAUCCGCCUGGCCGAGUGCGUGAGCGUAGCUCCGGUGGCCGUGGAAAGCCCCCCAGAACCGGGUGCUGCUGCCUUCCGCCUGGACACUGCGCAGCGCUCACACCUGCUGGCAGCAGACGCGCCGUCCAGCGCCGCCUGGGUGCAGACAUUGUGCCGAAAUGCCUUUCCGAAAGGAAGUUGGGCUCAGGCGCCGGUCACGAACCCACCUAAACUUUCUGCUUUGGAGAUGCUGGAGAACUCACUGUACAGCCCAGCGUGGGAAGGAUGCCAGUUCUGGGUAACCGUACAGAAGACGGAGGCCUCUGAGCGCUGUGGCCUGCAUGGUCCCUAUGUGCUGAGGGUAGAGGCUGAGAGGCUGACUCUCUUGGCUUUGGGAGCCCAGGGUCAGAUCCUGGAGCCGCUUCUUUCCUGGCCUUACACUCUGUUGCGCCGCUAUGGCCGAGACAAGGUCAUGUUCUCUUUUGAGGCUGGUCGCCGUUGCCCCUCUGGCCCUGGAACCUUCACCUUCCAGACUGUACAAGGAAAUGACAUAUUUCAAGCAGUUGAGACUGCCAUCCAACAGCAGAAGGCCCAGGGAAAAGUGGGACCAGGGCAAGAGGUCCUCAGUGCUGACUCUCAUGAAGGGGAGGUGACAGAGGUGAAGCUGGCUUCUGCUCCUAUCCCCCAGGAGCCCCAAGGCAGCACCCCAGCCCUGUAUGCUGAGCCCUUAGACUCCUUGCGCAUUCCUCCAGGUCCUGCACAGGACUCUUUAUACUCAGACCCGGUAGACAGUACCCCUUCUCAGGCAGCAGAGGGGGUACAGGCGAAGAAACCUCUCUACUGGGAUUUGUUUGCGCAUGUGCAGCAGCAGUUGCAGAAGACCACGCUGACAAACACUAAAGAGGACCCCAUCUAUGAUGAACCUGAGGGUCUGGCCAUAGCCCCUCUCCGGGGCCUUUAUGAUCUUCCUCAGGAGCCCAAGGAUGCAUGGUGGUGUCAAGCUCGGGCAAAGGAGGAGGGUUACGAGCUCCCCUACAACCCUGCCACUGAUGACUAUGCCGUGCCACCCCCUCGGAGCACAAAGCCCAUCCCAGCUCCCAAGCCCCAGGGCCUGGCCUUCCCCGAACCUGGUACUGCAGUUGGUAGUGGGAGCAAAGGCCACAGCUCAAACACUGCCUUAUAUAGCCAGGUCCAGAAGAGUGGAGCCUCACGGGGCUGGGACUGUGGGCUCUCUAGAGCAGGUACUGAAAGGACUGGGGUCAAGUCAGAGGGCUCCACCUGAGAAGGUAAUUGACAAGAGGACCAUGGCACCAUGGCACUAGGGAUGAGAAAAUCCUGUUAGAAUGGAGCAGGAACCAGAGAGUGGGAGGGUCCUCUUUAGACAUCCUAGGAAGUGGAACAGAUGGUAGGGCUGAGGGAUGAGCUGUGGGGAACAUUAGCACCCCUAAGCCAUCCCUCUCCCAAAGGAAUAGACAGCUGCUGCACCAGGUGUGGGGGAAGGGGUACUUGAUCAGAGUGGGUGCAGAGCUAGGGGCCUGUAUGGAAGCUGCCUGGAUCCUUACCCCCCUGUAUUGUUUUUGCCAGAGAUAUAUUUUUAAAAAUUUAAAGAUCUGCAUUAAAGUCAGUUUGGGUUUAAGAGGUCUCUGUGUGUGAACAGGCACAGAAGGGACACUGGCAGGGUGUGCUGGGUGGGUAUGCAGGGAUCAAGAGGAGAACCAGAAUGUAGUGGGGACCAUGGAAAGAGGGACGGCCUCAGAGAGGGAAGCCUGCAAUGUGUCAGGUAAUCAAAGUGACCCAGGUAGUCAAGACAAACUGACCUUGGCUGGGCUUUCACUCUGUACCUGGGUCAGCUGUAGGACAUCAACCCUCAGUCUCCCCCACUGCCCCUCUGUGAGAACUGAUAACGAGCUGUGUAUUAUAGGGUGUUUUGUAUGAAACGAAUACAUUUCUCAAGUAUUUAGUAUACUAUGAAGCACAGAGAAAGUGUUUUUUUCUAAUGAUAGCUCUUAUUCUGUGGAAGGAGAGUGCUGACAGGAAGGUGGGCAG